AGGUUUACAAAUUGACACGUUGCAUCCAGGGAAGCAAUAAGUGCUAAUGCUUGACCUGUUUACUCACCGUGUAAUUUCUUUACACACUUCCACGACUUCAACAAAAUCCCUGCGUUUUCUUACAAACAGGACAGCCUAACUGGAAGGUGGUUGGCUUCACGGCGGUUCCCAUAGCAACAGGUCGGCGGCUCCCCUACCAGAGGACAAACAGGCAGUAAUCAUUUGCUUGCAAUGGCUUCGCGAGAGGAGAUUACUAUUUAUGAAGAUGAAGUGAGGUCGCGUUACGGGCAUCUGGAGAAAAUGACAGACUUAGUAGCAGUUUGGGAAGUGGCUUUGAGCGAUGGUGUCCAUAAAAUUGAAUUUGAGCACGGGACUACCUCAGGAAAACGUGUGAUCUAUGUGGAUGGAAAGGAAGUAAUGCGGAAAGAUUGGAUGUUUAAACUGGUUGGAAAGGAAACUUUUACUGUUGGUAGAACUGAAACUAAAGCCACUAUCAACAUUGAUGCAGUUAGUGGCUUUGCCUAUGAAUACACACUUGAAAUUAAUGGAAAAAGUUUGAAAAAGUAUAUGGAAAAUCGUUCCAAGACAACUAAUACAUGGAUACUUAAUCUUGAUGGUGUCGAUUGUAGAAUUGUAUUAGAAAAGGACACUAUGGACGUAUGGUGUAAUGGGAAAAAUAUGGAAACAGCAGGUGAAUUUGUUGAAGAUGGCACAGAAACUCAUUUUACCAUUGGAAACCAUGACUGCUGCAUUAAAGCUGUAAGCAGUGGCAAGCGGAGAGAGGGCAUUAUACAUUCUUUAAUUGUGGAUGAUAAUGAAAUUCCAGAGUCAACUGAUUGAUGUUAUUUCUGGCGGUAAAAUAGACCAGCUUUUCCAUGUUCUUAAAAUGCUGUUUGUUUGGAUAAAGAAACCAUGUAGCAUGUCAAAUUUUCCCAGAACUAUCAACACACAAAGAAAUCUCCGAUGUGGUACAGUAUAACGAGUAAUUCAGCAUUACUUUUGGUGGUUCUGCAUUAAAUCCAGUGAGAAAUCUGGUUUUCUGCACAGCAUGCAAGGUUUGUGUGAUGUAAGAAAAAAAGGCAAUUUCAAGGACUGUUGUCAUUGUAACAGAUACGAAAGUAUAAAAUGAAAGCUACGCCAUUUUCUGCAGUGCAGCCAAUUUCGUAUCUAAAAAUGGAUGAGUACAAGAUGAGUGAAUUCUGUUAGGAUACCUCAAAAAUCUUCAUUAUUUUACAAUGUUAUUUCAUCAUAAUUUAGCAGUACUCAAAUGUGCUGCAUAAUCUGAUUUGUUGAUCUUGAUGUGUUUUUGUUUUAAUUAUUUAGAUGAUUUACAAUAAUGGUACCAUGCCCUGAAAGGUAUGUAUUUCCUACUGUGAUUUAGAAGCUACUGAAUAUGUAGUAAAGAUGAAGUUACUUUUGAGAUUUACGCAUAAUAAUUCGCUUUAUUGCAAAAGAUGUUUUGCUUUGAAUCUGUGUCAUGUAUUUUGUGCCAUUUUUUUGGGGAUUUCUCAGCGAUAUUGAAAGAAUACACUACAAAAUGAGAGAAAAUAUUUUGAUUAAACAGUGUGUUUGUGUCAUUUGUUUGUUAGGUCUAUAAUACAACUAUGUA